AUGGCCGACGCAAACCACGAAAACGCUGCAACCGCAGAUCACGCACAAAUGCUGCGAGAUGCCUCCGAUGCUGCGGCCCGAGCAGCGAUCCCUCCACCUCCUCCAGUCCCCUCGUCCGAUCCCCGUCUAGCCAUCGUCGACGAUAAAGGCACGAGUGCUGCCGACGACAACGAUCUCUUUAAAUUGCCCGCCGUCGAAGCCUUGCGUCUGCUUAGCGCAAGCGUAGAACUACUGGUCCGCAUGACUGGCGAUAUCCCGCCGACGCCGCCACCCAAAACGCCCACGAACCCUCAAAUGAGCGGCAUGCAGGUCGAAAAGGACAACAUUGUACGGUCGCAUUCGCAGCAGAACCUAGCGCGCAUGAGACAGCAGGCCGAGCGGGCGACCCAGCAACAACACGCCUGCAGCACGAACGCCUCCCACGAAGGCAAAGAGGGCAUGAACAAGUUGCAAGCAUAUAGUGCUUCCAUGUCGGCCCAGCUCAUAGCGCAACAGCACGACAAAUCCGGAAUGCCAACAUCAUCAGAACCUAUCGAUGGCGUGAAACUGCGUCACCAUCCGCAACCCGACGUACAGCCGUACAUCGUUGUCGGUGCAGACUCGCAGCCUGUUAAUCUUCAGCACGGCGCAAUAACCCGGAAAUUCUACAGUAAAAAGGAACCGCCAAUCCCUAUUAACCAGUAUCUCCUACGUUUACACAAGUUCUGCCCCAUGAGCACGGCCGUGUAUCUCGCCACGUCGCUAUACAUUCAUCGACUGGCCGUGGAGGAGCGGGCAAUUCCGGUGACGAAGCGCAACGCCCACAGGCUGGUCCUGGCUGGACUGCGAGUCGCCAUGAAGGCGCUAGAAGACCUGUCAUAUCCGCAUGCCGAGAUUGCCAAGGUAGGCGGUGUCAGCGAAGUCGAGCUGGCCCGACUGGAGAUUAGCUUCUGUUUCCUGGCUGGCUUCGAGCUUGUGGUGGGCGAGGAGCUACUAACGAAACAUUGGGAGGAACUGCGCUGUGGCAACGCCCAGAAGGUUUUGAAAGGGAUGGAAGUCCCGACGUUGAAGUUGACUAAGAGACCUAGAGAGGUGGCGCAAGCAACUGGGUAA